AUGAUCAAGCACGCGACCCAGCAUGAGCGCUCGAAAGAUAACAAGAAGCCGGUCAGGAUGUUCGGCUUGUCGGUUGCAAAGGGUGAAAUGACAGAGGGUCGACCUAGAUGCCAGAGGUGUCUCAGACAGAACCUUGCAUGUCACUACGGAGGCAUCCGCUUGAUCUGGGAGAAUGACAGCGAAGCACGAGGAGUAUGCCACGGGCGUCAAGGAGUCUGGAAAAAGGCUGGCAAAGCAAGCACUCGAACGGCUUCCAGUCCCGAGGCUGGAUACCCUAGCACCGACGCGUUCCCCGUCAUUGAGCGUGCUUAUUUCUUAAACACGACUUAUAAGGACUUUGAGUUGCACUACACCAUCAAUACACCGAAAGCCUCGCCAUGCACACCGAGGGAGCACCAGGAAGAUGAUCAUGACGAGCAGAAUUCUCAGUUUAACGAAGUCGUCGUAGCCACGGAUCCAUCUCUCCAUGCGAAGACGCUGCUCCACGCGUUGUCACCAUUUCCAGUCGUGACUCGGUCCAGCGAUUCGAUUCUCCUUUCAUAUUACGACCUCGUAAUCUGUGCAUCACGGACAGUACUCGACGAUGAACAACACAAUCCAUAUCGACACGUUCUGCUACCCAUGGCGCUUCACUCGCAGGGUCUAUACGAGGCAACCCUGGCGAUAUCAGCUUACACACUCCAUCUGAGCCAGCCAGAUCUUGCGACGACAGCGCUAGAACACCGGCAGCAGGCGUUGAAAGCACUGAUACACCUGAUCAACCAGGAGAACCCCGACGGCACGGUCAUGGACGAGAUCCUUGCACUGGUUCUCAUGAUUUGCUGGUACGACAUCUCAGAUGGCUGCCGUCCAUCUUGGGUCAAACACCUUGCCGGAUUUCGUGGUCUCCUACAUCAUAUACCACGAAGGAACAAGACAAACCAAUCUCUUCUCAGCCUUCGACUUGAGAAAUUCUUUCUCCAAUAUUUCGUCUUUCACCUUGUUUUGGCAAAAGCCACGUUCCACGAUGGCGACAUGGAGAUCGAAGAACAACCACCGUCGGAGGGCAGGAGUAGCUUAGUCCAUGAGGGUUCUGGCUCUCUGGCAGUGGCUGAAUCCUGGCUCUCGCCUUCCACUUCGGCGCUAUCCAUUCAAAUGUCUCUCGACGACCUUGACCAGAUCGACCUUUACAUGGGAUUUAGCAACUCGUUACUUUUGCUCAUCAAUGAGAUCGCAGAAAUGACCAAGAUCAAACCCGACGCCAGUGACCGUGAGCAACGAAAUCUGAAACUACUUGCUCGAGCAUGCAGGAUCAAGGAAAGUCUUGUCAGGCUGGAAAAGACAAAUUCUCAUUUGGGCAGUAUGCCCGAGCUGGCAGACAAGGAGCCUACUGUGGUCGCCAUUGCCGAGAUCUAUCGACUAGGAGCGCUUCUCUACUUGCACGAGGUCCUCUCGACGCCGGCGUUGGAGUUUCCGUACUGCAGACGCAUUUUCAAAGCAGGUGAAAAGGAACACUACGUCUCGCAGAUUCUUGACAUGACCAGCUCCAACAUCACACAGAUAUGUAGUGUGGCGAGCAUGCCCCUUUGGUCCCUGUUCCUCGCGGGAUGCUGCGCCAUCAGCGAGACGGAUCGGGUUAAAGUGCUCCAGAUCUUCGAACACGUCGAGAAGCAGUGCCAGUUCGGCAACGUCAUCCCGGCUCACGCAGCUUUGGAAGCCGUAUGGCGCCAAAAGGAUCUAUUGAGGGACGAGCCUUCGCCUGCUUCGGGUCGAGCCCAAAACCAAAGAGGGAACAGAGCCCAAACCUAUGUGCAAUACGAAUGGGAGAAAGCGCUCGAUAUGCUUGGUGGCUGGAGAAUCAGUCUAACAUAA